UUCGAGCGUAUCAGCAUCAUGGUGAUCCUGCUCAACUGCGUCACCCUGGGAAUGUACCAGCCCUGCGAGAACAUCGACUGCACCUCCGACCGCUGCCAGGUCCUUCAGGCGUUCGAUGCUUUUAUUUAUAUUUUCUUUGCACUGGAGAUGGUGGUGAAGAUGGUGGCUCUGGGGAUCUUUGGCCGCCGUUGUUACCUUGGCGAUACCUGGAAUAGGCUGGACUUUUUCAUCGUCAUGGCAGGGAUGGUGGAAUACUCCCUUGAUCUCCAGAACAUAAACCUCUCUGCUAUCAGAACUGUACGUGUGCUCCGGCCACUCAAAGCCAUCAACAGAGUGCCCAGCAUGCGGAUCCUGGUGAACCUGCUCUUGGACACACUGCCCAUGCUGGGGAACGUCCUCCUGCUCUGCUUCUUCGUCUUCUUCAUCUUCGGCAUCAUCGGCGUGCAGCUGUGGGCAGGUCUACUGCGCAACCGCUGCUUCCCCGAGGAGAACUUCACCCUGCCCUCGGGUGUCACGCUCCCUGCGCCCUACUACCAGCCAGAGGAGGAGGACGAGCAGCCCUUCAUCUGCUCCCUGGCACAGGACAACGGCAUCAUGUCCUGCUCAGACGUGCCUGCGCGCCGGGAAGGGGGCAAGGAGUGCUGUCUAGACAGGGAGGACGUCUUCCACCGUCACGCACUGGGCCUGAGCGCCGAACCGCUGGUCAACAGCAGCACCUCCGCCAUGGGGCUUUGCGUCAACUGGAACCAGUACUACACCCGCUGCCUCACGGGACACAGCAACCCGCACAAAGGGGCGAUCAACUUUGACAACAUCGGCUAUGCCUGGAUUGUCAUCUUCCAGGUGAUCACUCUGGAGGGCUGGGUGGAGAUCAUGUACUACGUCAUGGACGCCCACUCUUUCUACAACUUCAUUUACUUUAUCUUGCUCAUCAUCAUCGGCUCCUUCUUCAUGAUCAACCUGUGCCUGGUGGUCAUCGCCACGCAGUUCUCCGAGACCAAGCAGCGCGAGCACCAGCUGAUGCAGGAGCAGCGGGCCGCGUGCCUGUCCUCCAGCACGCUGGCCUCCAUGGCCGAGCCGGGCGACUGCUAUGAAGAGCUCUUCCAGCUGGUGUGCCACAUGCUCCGCAAGGCCCGCCGCCGCUCUGCUGCCCUCUACUACACGCUCCGCGGCAAGCCUCCGCCCCAAAGAGGAGGCAGGGGCCGGGGACGGGGAGGAGCCAACGGAAAUGGCAGGGAGCGGUAUCGCCGCUGCUCGGCUCAGAUGUCUCAGUGUCCACACCGGAGGAAACUGGAGCAUGGCUCCCAGCCUCUGGAGAAUGCCGUCUCCCUGUCCGUCACCCCCAACCCCGAGGACUGCCCACAGUGCACGUCCCUGUCACUCAGAGAGGGGGUGAGUCCUGGGGUGAACUCAGCCAAUGGGGAGGAUGAGGAGGGGGCCCUGGAGGAGACUGACAGGGAGGAGAACCACUUAGAGGACAGAGGGGAUGAGGACUUGGAGGAGGAUGAGGAAAAGAAGAAGAGAAAUCGCUCCUGUUUGGGGAGCAGUAAGGACAUCUGGGACGAGACGCGACUGAAACUGUGGAGUAUUGUGGAGAGCAAGUACUUCAACAGAGGGAUCAUGAUUGCCAUUCUCAUCAACACCAUCAGCAUGGGCAUAGAACAUCAUAACCAGCCUGAGGAGUUGACCAACGUCCUGGAGAUCUGCAACAUCGUCUUCACCAGCAUGUUCACCCUGGAGAUGAUCCUCAAGCUCACUGCCUUCGGCUUCUUCCAGUACCUGCGGAACCCCUACAACAUCUUCGACGGCAUCAUUGUCAUCAUCAGUGUCUGUGAGAUCAUAGGCCAGUCUGACGGCGGCCUGUCCGUGCUGAGGACGUUUCGGCUUCUGAGAGUCAUUAAGUUGGUGCGCUUCAUGCCGGCUCUGCGCAGGCAGCUGGUGGUGCUGAUGAAGACCAUGGACAACGUGGCCACCUUCUGUAUGCUGCUCAUGCUCUUCAUCUUCAUCUUCAGCAUCCUGGGAAUGCACAUAUUUGGCUGUAAGUUCAGCCUGAAAACCGAGGCUGGAGACACAGUGCCGGACAGGAAGAACUUUGACUCUCUGCUCUGGGCCAUCGUCACUGUGUUUCAGAUCCUAACUCAGGAGGACUGGAACAUGGUGCUGUACAACGGCAUGGCCUCCACAUCUCCUCUUGCUGCCCUCUAUUUUGUGGCCCUCAUGACCUUCGGGAACUACGUUCUCUUCAACCUGCUUGUGGCCAUUUUGGUGGAAGGCUUUCAGGCUGAGGGUGAUGCUAACCGGUCAUACUCAGAUGACAACAGGUCUUCCUGCAACUUUGAGGAAAUGGAGAGAGAGAAGGAUCCCCUCCAGUUGUCAGACCCUAAAAUCUGCACCCUGACCCCCAACGGACAUCUAGACCUGGGCACGAUGCCCAACGCCCUGGGCAUGUACCCGGCCGAAAGGUUAAGCUUCACCCUGGGCUCCCGCAAGAGCAGCGUGACCUCACUGGAGAGGGCCAACCCUGAGCAGAGAGCUCUGUGUCCAGGACGUGGCUCCCUAUACCAGAACUGGGGCUGUCCGGCUCCCCACGGCCCGUGGAGCCGCAGGUCCAGCUGGAACAACCAGAUGCGGCCCUCGCGUAGCCUGGCCUUGCGGGUCGGCGCCGGGGGCAGCCUGCGGGUGCACGGCGCCCACUCCCAAACGGCAGAGCAGGAGUCGCUCCUGUCUCCUCGGCCCAUGCCCCUGCCCCCGCCCCUCCUCUCCCGGCACUUCGUCCCGCAGAGGGACCGGCGUGCCCUGUCCCUGGAGCUCCCGGAGCUGCUGCGGGCACCCAGGCCCCCGGCAGCCCCGCUGCACCCACGCCAGCGCAAGAACAGCCUCUCAGGAGGUGUGGGGAGCGGAGGGGAGCACCAGGACUGCAACGGCAAGACCCCCAUGGCUCAGCAGCAGAUCCUAAGUGAAGUCUUUCCUGAAGUUAACACGCGCAAGGACAGGGAGGACCUGGAGGAUGAGCUCGACUACAGCUUGUGCUUCCGGAUCCAGAAGAUGAUCGAGGUGUACCGGCCGGACUGGUGCGAUACGCGAGAGGACUGGUCCAUCUACCUCUUCUCCCCUCAGAACAAGUUCAGGCUGCUGUGUCAGUCCAUCAUAGCCCAUAAGCUGUUCGAUUACGUGGUGCUGGCCUUCAUCUUCUCAAACUGCAUCACUGUGGCUCUGGAGAGGCCCAGGAUCCUCCAGGGCAGCUUGGAGCGGCUUUUCCUCACCAUCUCCAAUUAUGUGUUUACUGGGAUCUUCGUUGGCGAGAUGACAUUAAAGGUGGUGUCUAUGGGAUUAUACUUGGGAGAUCACGCCUACUUGCGUAGCAGCUGGAAUAUUCUGGAUGGCUUUCUGGUGUUUGUCUCGCUGGUUGACAUUGUGGUGUCAAUGGCGGGUGGGGCCAAGAUCCUGGGAGUGCUCAGGGUCCUCAGGCUUCUGCGUACAUUGCGCCCCCUCAGGGUAAUCAGCCGGGCCCCGGGCCUCAAGCUGGUAGUGGAGACUCUGAUCACCUCACUGAAGCCCAUUGGAAACAUCGUCCUGAUCUGCUGUGCGUUCUUCAUCAUCUUCGGCAUCCUCGGAGUCCAGCUUUUCAAAGGAAAAUUCUUCUACUGCCUGGGCCUGGACGUCAAAAACAUCACCAACAAGUCCGACUGCCUCCUCGCCAAUUACAAAUGGGUCCAUCACAAGUACAACUUUGACAAUCUGGGCCAGGCUCUGAUGUCUCUGUUCGUCCUGGCUUCGAAGGAUGGCUGGGUUAACAUAAUGUACCAUGGUCUAGAUGCAGUGGGGGUGGACCAACAGCCCGUCACCAACAACAACCCCUGGAUGCUGCUGUACUUCAUCUCCUUCCUCCUCAUCGUCAGCUUCUUCGUGCUGAACAUGUUCGUGGGCGUGGUGGUGGAGAACUUCCACAAGUGCCGGCAGCACCAGGAGGUGGAGGAGGCCAGGAGGAGGGAGGAGAAGAGGCUCCGUCGCAUGGAGAAGAAGAGACGGAAGGCCCAAAAGCUGCCCUACUAUGCCAGUUACGGUCACAUCCGUCUAAUGAUCCACACCCUGUGCACCAGCCACUACCUGGACCUCUUCAUCACCAUCAUCAUCUGUGUGAACGUGGUCACCAUGUCCCUGGAGCACUAUGACCAGCCUCAUUCUCUGGAGAUCACUCUCAAGUACUGUAAUUAUUUCUUCACCAGCACCUUUGUGCUAGAGGCUGUCUUGAAGCUCAUUGCAUUUGGUGUCCGCCGUUUCUUCAAAGACAGGUGGAAUCAGCUGGAUCUGGCCAUAGUUCUGCUAUCAAUUAUGGGCAUCACCCUCGAGGAGAUUGAGAUCAGCGCUGCUUUACCCAUCAACCCUACUAUCAUCCGCAUCAUGAGGGUGCUACGCAUUGCUCGUGUGCUGAAGCUGUUGAAAAUGGCCACUGGGAUGCGAGCACUGCUGGAUACAGUGGUCCAGGCUCUGCCUCAGGUGGGGAACCUGGGCCUCCUCUUCAUGCUGCUCUUCUUCAUCUAUGCUGCGCUGGGAGUGGAACUCUUCGGUGAAUUGGUGUGUAAUGAGGAUUACCCGUGCGAGGGCAUGAGCCGGCACGCCACCUUCGAGAACUUCGGCAUGGCCUUCCUCACUCUCUUCCAGGUCUCCACUGGUGACAACUGGAAUGGCAUUAUGAAGGACACGCUGCGCGAGUGCCCAUCGGGCGAGUAUAACUGCAAUCCCAGCCUGCAGUUCAUCUCACCGCUCUACUUUGUCAGCUUUGUGCUGACAGCGCAGUUCGUCCUCAUCAACGUGGUGGUGGCUGUGCUCAUGAAGCACCUGGACGACUCCAACAAGGAGGCACAGGAGGAAGCCGAGAUGGACGCCGAGAUUGAGCUGGAGCUGGCGCAGGGCGCCAUCUGCUGCCUGGGAGGCCUGGGGGGUGGCGGGGACGGCGGCUCAGGGGGCAAGGAUGCAGGGAAGCGGCCCGGCGAGAAGCAGGGGGGAAGCGGCCCCGCGGCCCCACCGCAUUCGCCCAACCCUCAGGGCCACGAGGUCAACGGCUCCAGCAAGCUCUACACCUCUGCCCAGGAGAGCGUGUGGCUGGACAGUGUAUCCUUGCUCAUUAAGGAUUCUUUUGAGGGGGAGAUGCUGUUGAUUGACAACCUCUCAGGCUCUGUCUUCCUCCACUACUCCUCCCCGCCACUGUGCAAAGACUGCAAGCGACACCCGCCGGAGGAGAUCCACAUGGCUGAGCUGGAGCAGGUGUCCCUGCACUCGGAGCAGCUCUCGGACAAGUCCUCUUCGGCACUGCCGGAUGACCUCAGCCUGGAUGAGCAGAGCAUGUACCAUCUGGUGGUAAAGGAGGCCAAGGAGGAGAGGAGUCACGGAGAGUCGUCGGAGGAGGAGGCACGGCGACUCUCACGGGGCCACAGCACAAGGGCGGAGGAGAAGCCGCCGGGGGCGGAGGACGGAACCUGGAGGAGCCUGCGUCCCCACGUGCCAGUCCGACACAGCACAGGCGGGGCGCCUUGUAGCAGCAGCAAAGGCGGAGAUGGAGGAGCGGGUCAGGGUGUAGGUGACCCCCAGGCUCAUUACCCCCUCCCUGCGGAGUUCUUCCACCCAGUGACUGCAGCCCUGCCGGCCCCCCCCAGACCUCGGCUGGGGCGCAAGCCCCGACACUUCCGGAUGACCUCCCCUGCAUCAUGGGCCUCCUUACGCUCCCCUGGGAUCAACAACCAACUGCUCACUGCACAGUAUGCGUCUCACAGUGAUUCGUCCCUGGCCACGGGCAGCUCGGAGGGGAGCCUCCAAACCACCAUGGAGGAAGGGCUCAGCUUUAGCGUCUCGCCUCCACAAAACCCUGUGUUCCCCCCAGAGCAGUGGGAGCUGCUCUCCAGGUCCAACAGCCCUUCCACACAGACACUGAGACCGGCUCCCCCAGUUGCCUUCGGCCUCUAUGCCACCAGGGGGCACCAGCGCAGGCAGAGCGGUUAUGGGGAUAGUGGCAGCCCCGGAGACAUACGGCAAGGCUCUGUAGACCCAUCGGACGAGGAGGCGGCACUGCGGCGAUGUGGCUCUGGCCAGGCCUGCAACAGUGAGCAGUUGUCAGAGACAUUGAGUAGUCUCUCCCUAACAUCUCUACUUUUGCCCAGCACUCUGGUGCCCCCGGUGGUGAAGAAGUGCAACAGCACAGGCAGUCUGGAGCAAGGGGUCGGUGCAGUCUACAGAAAAGAGGGGAAACAACUUUUCGCGACAGGCCCCCAGGGCUACCUUACUCCUCCAUGGGCGGAGGGGAGGGGAGGGGCUUCAGGAGAACAUUUGGAAGCUUCGGGAUUUGAAGGAGAAAGUACAAUCCAAGUCACAGUGGCGCGCUCCCGGAAAAACAGAUGAAACAGUCUCUUUUUGUCAUUCCACUCUAAGGCCCACCACUCUACCUCUCUGUGUUUUUUUUCCUUGGGUUUUUUUGGACACGUGUUGUUUCAUGCCAACUUUUCCCAACACAAAAAAGAAAACAAAACAAAUCGUGAUCUCACUCUGACUCUCUUCAUUUGUGGCCUGUUCCCACUUUGUAUUUGCUCAUGGGAGUGGCGGUUCUUGCCUGAACCUGUGAGCUGUGGAUGGGCGGAGCCAGAGCUGAGAGAGGGGGCGCUCGUGCCUUUGGAGCAAUGGCGUCACCAGAUGACACACUUUGAACAACUACCAACGUAUCCUGACAGCAGAGUCAAAUCAGGGAGCGCAAAUGCAAGAGUUGUAGCAGUCGCAUAAGGAUUUAGCAAUCUUCGCUGUUUUAUUGGAUUAAAUGAGAUAUAAAAUUAAAUAUUAAAACCCCCCCAAAAAACAAAAUAGGUAGUUCAACUUAACAAAGGGACUGCACAUAAGAACAUUUACUUCUUGUAGAAAGGGCAUGCCAAUUUGUGAAAGGGUGCAGUAUCUCUGCUACUUUUAGAUACAUUGUGCAUACAAAGGAAAUUAAGGAAGUUACUGUGUGCUUGCAUGCGUCCAUGCGUAUGCCUGUAUUCCAGUGUCCGUGUGUUUGUAUGCGCAUGUGG